UCAAAGCACUGACUCUUUAAAGACUGAAUCAGCCUCAACACAAAGCUCUGCAGGAACCACAAAACCAGAUAUGUCUACAACGGAGAAGCAAAUGGAGUCUACAAAACCAGCUACUUUACGUACACUGAAAACUGAAACAUCUACUGUGCAUUAUACACAGACACAGAUGAUGGAAGACAUGACAACACCUUUGCCACCAUUAUUAGAAACUUCUGCAACAGGAGCAACCAGAAAGUCAACAUCUUCUCAUCGACCUGUAACACGAGCAGCAGCAGCAUCAAGCAGUGACAUACAAACUCUGGAUUUUCAAGCACAAAAAACAUCAUCAGCUAUGGUUUCAUCUUCACAAGGUUCACCACAUGUUACAAGUUCAACUGGUCAAUCUAACAGCCAAGGUCUGGAGACUUCAACAACCUCUGAAUUACUAACAACACAACUUCCCAAAACUUCAAAACAAACUGCAGCCUUGACCAUGGAUUAUACAUCUACACUGACUGCAAAUUCUACACUGACGACAUCGUUCAGUACAAUAUCACCUCCUUCUGUAAGUUCUACAAAAGAAACAUCUGUAAAAGAAUUGUCUUCACCUUCAUCUAUUACAACACCAUCCACAACAGAUAUUGUUGUAACAACAAACAAACAAGGCAAUGGAACAACAAAAUUAAAAAUCACCUCGGAACAGGAUACUUCAGAUGUAACCACACAAACACCAAAUAAUAUUAAGGCAUCCUCAACAACAAAAAUGUCAACUGUUUCAGGAACUGAUUUGCUUUCUUCAUCAUCACUAAAGGCAACACAAACUUCGAGUGAAGCGAUACAACCAGAAAGUCAAGAUAAAACUGCAUCAUCGACAACAACAAAACAAGAAAAUACAACAACACCAACAAAAUGUUCAACACAACCCACAACUGCAAAACAAACUGUUGGAUCAGAAACAAUUCAAGAAAAAACAGACCAUGAAUCAGCGUCUGUGUCCAACAGACUCACAAGCCAAUUUGCAGGGUCGAUGGAAACUGUUGAAUCUCCAGGGCAAACAAAAUCUAUGGCAACAGGAACUCAGACACCCUCCAAAGAUGACACAUCUUCUAUUGUUGUGAAGUUCACUACAAUAGACUUGAUCACACCUCCAAGUGAGACUCCACAAGAAUCAUUUACAACACAAAAACCCCCAACUACCAUGCAGACGACUCCAUCAGCAACAAAUAGUGGAACAACUGACUAUAAAUCAGUCUCUGCAUCAACAAGGCUGAGUACUCAAACUACUCAAUCUGUGGAUAUUAAUCCAAAUACAACACAAACACAACCUCGUCCAAUGGCAACAGUCAGAAUAACGUCUAUAGAGAUGGUGGAGCUCAUGUCAACAGCCUCCACCCAAACAUCACCUCCAUCUUUAACGUCCACAGAUAACAAAGCCGUUCAGUCAACACAAUCCUCUUCAUACGGAACAAGAUCCACAAUAAGCACGAUUUCAUUAACAACUACCAAAGAGGAUGAAGAAACAUCAAAUUUACAAAGUUUAUCAAAUGUAGCAACAACAUCACAAACUAUAGCACAGAAAACAAUAACAUCGUUUUCAACAACUAGAUCAGAAAAUCAACAGAAAAUGUCAUCGUUUCCAACAAGAAAAUUAGAGGAUUCAGCAACAUCAGAACCAUCAACAACACAUCCCUCAACUGCAGAACAAACUGCUGGAUCAAUUCAAGGAAACACAGAUAGUGCAACAGUUUUUACGUCAACCAGACCAAGAUUACAAACGACGAAGGCUAGUGAAACUAAUCAAAUAGCAACACAAUCACAAUCUAGUUCUACAACACCAAAAACUCAAACAUCUACUACAAAUCACACAUCUGUAAAGACGGUGGGAUCCACAGCAACAGCAUCUCCAUCCAUGACAACAGCAAUAAAGUUAUCGACAACUUUUCCAUCUGAAGCAGUUUCCAAAGAAACAACACACUCUGAAGUUCAGGCAUCAACCAAUCAGGAAGAAACACAUUCUAUCACAAAACAAUUACAAAACACCUCAAACCAAAUGAUGUUGAAUGUAACAACAGAGAAUAAAACACUAGCCACAGAAACAACCAAAACACCUGCAAUCAAAGAACCACCCACUGCUUCAGAACCAGCUACUGGACCAACACCCGAUGCGUCAGUGGAAGUUCAAACAAAAUCUACAUCAGCUGUGUAUUCACCUCCACAGAGUUUGACACAUAUUACAAGUUUAAUAACACAAUCAAAUCCUCAAAAUUUAGAGACUUCAAAAACUUCACCAUCAUUUACAGAUCAAUUGCCUACAACUUCUAAACCAACCACUGGAUCAACAAUAACUAGAGGAACAACGGACAACAAAUCAACUUUUAUUUCAACCAGAGGCCCAUCACAAGCUGCAGGAUCUGUGACAGAGGACCGAAUUGAUACACAAACACAAUCUAGCUCAUAUACUGCCAAAACCCAAGAGUAUAACACAUCAAAUAACAUGCUAGCACCAACAACCAAUCAGGACAGAGAAGCAACAACAGCGUCACAAACUGCAGCUGCAGAAACAACAAAAUUUGACACUCAGGAUUAUACAGAGUCUGCAACAACCAAAUCUGAAUACUCAACAUCAUCAGUGUCAAGCAGACCUACACCCCAAUCUGCAGGGUCUCUGGAAACUGUUGGAUCUACAGAGCAAACAAAAUCCAAUCCAACAGUGACCAAAACUGAGAAAUCCAACAAAAGUAACACAUCUACACAGUUUGUGGAGUUAACAACUACAGACCUGAUCUCACCUUCAAGUGUGACUUCACAAGCAUCAUUUACAACACAACAACCAACAACUGCCACACAAAAUACUGCAUCAACUACAAAUAGUGGAACAACUGACAAUAAAUCAGUCUCUGCAUCAACAAGGCUGAGUACUCAAACUACUCAAUCUGUGGAUAUUAAUCCAAAUACAACACAAACACAACCUCAUCCAAUGGCAACAGUCAGUAUAACAUCUAUAGAGAUUGUGGAGCCCAUGUCAACAGCCUCCACCCAAACAUCACCUCCAUCUUUAACGUCCACAGAUAACAAAGCCGUUCAAUCAACACAAUCCUCUUCAUACGAAACAAGAUCCACAAUAAGCACGAUUUCAUUAACAAUUACCAAAGAGGAUGAAGAAACAUCAAGUUUACAAAGUUUAUUAAAUGUAGCAACAACAUCACAAACUAUAGCACAGAAAACAACAACAUCGUUUUCAACAACUAGAUCAGAAAAUCAACAGAAAAUGUCAUCGUUUCCAACAAGAAAAUUAGAGGAUUCAGCAACAUCAGAAGCAUCAACAACACAUCCCUCAACUGCAGAACAAACUGUGGAAACAAGAAUCACUGAAGCAAACAAAGACAGUGGUGGUUCACUGAGUGCGUCAACAAGACAAACUACAGAGUCUGUGACCACACUGGGAAUUGUUACAAUAACAGAGUCAAAUCCUUCAAAAAUUGCAAAUCACGAACCCAUUACAAAUAAGACAUCUCCUUCAAUGGUGGACGUAAAAACAACAGGGUUGAUGACAACAUCGACUACAAUUGUUACUUCUAAAAAUGAAGCAACUAUAAACUUAACAUCUUCACCUCCACCCCUUACAACAAGAUCCACAACAUCAACAGAAGUGGAAAUACCAACAUCAAAGAAAUCAGACGAAAUAUCAUCAACACAGAGCACCUCAUCACAAAACCCUUUACAUGUAACUACUGAGACACAGACUGCAGCUGCAGAAACAGAAUCAACUGCUUUCAAACAGACGGUGGUAUCUACAUAUAGUGAAUCAUUUUCUGAUCACAACAGACAUAAAUCAGCUUCACUGCAAACAUCUACUCAAAAGAUAGAUGAAACAAAUGAGUUAGAGAAUCAGACUAAAAAUGCAUCACCUGCAACGAACAAAUCAGAGUUUCCAAAAACACAACACCCUCCAAUUAUUGGAUCAGCAACAGUACAUGAAGACACAAAUCACCUCACCUUAUCAACAACGGGACGGAAAUCACCCACAGCUUCAACGCAAAGCACUGGAUUAUCAAACCAGUCACCAACAGAAGUUGGAGAGCAAACUAUAGGGAAACAAGAGGCAGGACGUACAACGGGACAUAUGGGAACUACAGUGAACACCACACCACACACCACAGCAUUUUUAGUCACAUCUCCUCAAGAAACUACACAAACAGCUGCACACACAAUUACCCCUGAGGAGGAACCAGAGACUGCAUCAGCAGCAUGGACAACGAAUCAGUACUCCUCCACACCGCAAAGUUUAGAACCUUCCACUUCACAACAACCUCAAAGUGCCUCAUUGGUCCCAGUUAGCCCAUCUAGAAGCACUUCAUCUUCAGUCCCAGCGCAGAGUUCAUCCCAUUCCACAACAGAAGAAGAUCAUUCAAGUACUUCCCCUCAGGUUAACAGGACAACAACUAUGGAGAAGGUUAUGGUAAAAUCCACAGCAGCUGAGUAUGAAAGCACAGAGACAACAGACUCCAAAUUAUACACAUCAUCUGCUAACCUCAGGCAUGCAAGCACAACACAACUGGAGCACAAUGCAAGCACUCUGCCUGUUUCUCGAAACAGGACUGUGUUUUUCAAAUACAGUCCUAGGGUUGUUAUUGUGAAGCCUUUAGUCUUUGAUUAUCCAGUUGUGAAGCGCAUCACGUUUUUAUCAAACGAUACAGAUAAAAUUGAUGCAACGACAAACUAAAUAGCAACAAGGUUUGCCAGUGGUACAAGAUGAUGAAAACAACAUGCAAAUUAACUGUUAAAACAUUUGUCAUAUGUUGAUGUAAAAUAAUUUUUGGGAUGAAAUUUUAUUGGGACAGUUACUUAUAACCUCUUUAUUCUGUUGAGAUGUUGGGACUGUUCAGGACUUUAAAAUUAGUUCAAAAGAGCAACCUAAAUCUGGAGAGCCAAUAGGUACACUCGAAAUAAAACUUGAUGUGGGCAUUUUACAACAUGUGGGUCUCAGCCAACUCUUUACUUGUUCAAGACUGGCCUGGAGUGGUUAAUAGAUCUUCAAAAAUUAAUAAAUAAAUCAAUAAAAUAAAGAUAAGUUUUUAUUCAAGUCCAACUAUGUGUAUUAUUUGGAGAAUCCAGUCUUUCUUUCACUUUUGUUUCUGUCUGCUACAGCACAGUCCAGCAUAUGCCAAUGUUUAUUUGUUACCAAAUGUAAAGUUUUCACCAUUUCUUCUAUGUAAUUGCUGCACACAUACCAUCAUCACAAUACUAUUAUUAGUAUUAAGAAUAGUGUUAAUACUAAUAAUAUUUCAAUUGUCAAGAAUGUACACACUGCAUAUGACAGUCAGCCUAAAAAAUGGAUGAUGGUACCUAAGAUGCUAAAGGGAACCUUUAGCUUAGGGUAUAAAAAAAUGGCUUUUUACACUGCAGUUUUAGAUCACAACAUGUUCUAUUUUUCAAAAUACGUGAAAAUCUGAGAUAGAGUUGGUGAUGGAACAUUUCAAAAUCUUCAGUGUGAAACAAAACAAAAUAAAAACUCCGAUGUAAAAAGGUAAUGCAGUACAACAGUCUGACGGUGGAAUUUGAGGUUGUGACGUGUAAAGCGUUGUCAUUUUGUUUGUUCAACAUGUUGAUAACUGUCUAUAAUGUUAAUAGUUUUACAACCAAAACAGCAAAUGUGCCAUUAUUGGUGUGGGAGGAAAACCCAUCUUGUUUUUAGUUUCAUGUGAUGGUUCACUUCGUCAUUUGUCAUAAUUGUUUUAGAAACCGAUUUCUUUUCUCCACUGUAUAACCCUUUAAUCUGUUAUUGAAGGCAUCAAGCACAUUUUUAAAAUUAUUUUUGUACAUUUUCUGUCAAUACUGAUUAGCACUUUAACUUUUUCCAGAAAGUCUUUGGUCACCAAUCUUUUUUCUCUUAAAGUUGAUUGCACCCAGGCUCUUUGUUAUCUGGAUCAACACCAUGACGUUUGGUGUAUCUGUACAACUAUUGCCUGGUAACUGGCCAGUUGGCCUCCCUUUUUUUAUUAAAGUAACACAUGAUAUUAUAAUGCUUGGGAAUGAUAACAUUUUCAAACGGUUUGUAGAAUAACAUCUGGGGAUUUGUAAGGUGAAGGAAAGAGCAACAUUCAAUUUUAAAGGUCUAUUUACAAAGUUGCACAGCAUAGCAUUUCAAAAUCUUAACGUAGAUGUCCAAUGCAGACAUUAUAUUAUAAUGUGUCUAUUUUUAAUAAAACAAAUGCUCUCAAUGUCUAUAUUUGUCGUGUUACACUUCUUUCAGGUUUGCCU